UUAAGAAGUAAAAGUAUUAUCAGUAGGCUAAUGGUACUUACGUAUAGAAGAUAAACGCACAGAAUGGUCGCUUUCAAAAUUAUGAUUAUGAUUAUUAUUAUGAUUAUUAUAUGAGUGGAACUUCACGUAAUCAGCAAGUUAAUUUUGUAGCUGGCUGAGGUGCAUGGCGCUAACUAAUUUAGAUACUGCUGGACAAAUUUUUAAAAGUUAUUCAUGUAUUUAAAAAAAAAAUGUAAAUCGUUUAUGUUUCAUCGUGUAUUUAUUUGUGUACAAUAAAAUGGAAAAUACUCCUGCACUUUAAUAUGAAAUUAUUUCAUAAUUUAAUCUGCCUAUCCUCAUUUAGUUGUCAUAUAAUUUACAUCAUCUUUGUUCGACUGCCUGAACCAGCUCACCUGAAGCAGCCAACCACUGGCUCUAAGUGAUGAAACCACGAAAAGCACAGAAAGCGUGCGAUGUUGUGAUGUUUUGUGUUGGAUGCGUUUGAGUGUAUGUCUGGGUGGGGACAAAUUGAGGAGCACUAUAAUGACUUGUGAGUGUGUGGGAAAACAGAGGAGGAGAGGGAGGAGCAAACAGUGUGAACCUGAGUUUUACUGCUGCAGCAGCAGAGUCUCUCUGCAGUUAAAUAGGAAGCAAACCUCGUGCUUCCCUCCAACUGCCUCCAGUUAGUUUGGUCUUCCACUGAGUUUCACUGAAGAGUCACAUUUGAUCUGAGAACAGCCGCCGGAGAGUGAAGCCGCGCAGUCCCGUCCCCUCCUCCUCCUCCUCAAGUCUCUUUUUCACGUCUUUGGAAAAGUCGGCAGAGAGGAGGGAAAACAGCAGAGAAAGAGCCAUGCUUUCCUUCGUGUUUCUGCUCCUGCUUGCUCCGCAUGUGUUGUUUUCCUCGACACAUGUAGCCGUGAUCUCCCCACAGGAUCCAGUGCUGUGUAUCGGUUCCAGCCUGACAGCCACAUGCACACUGAGUCCUGAGCUCGGCCUCCAUGCCAGCACAUUGUACUGGACGCUGAAUGGGAUGCGUCUGCCCAGCAGCACCUUCAGCGUGGCGUCCUCCGACGUGCUGAGUGUCACCCUUCACAACCUGAAUGGCUCCCAGCAGCAGUCUGGAGACAACCUGGUGUGUCACGGAGCAGAUGGACACAUCCUGGGUGGCUCUUGUCUCUAUGUGGGCAUGCCUCCAGAAAAACCGGUCAAUUUAACGUGUUGGUCCCGCAACACGAAGGACCUGAGCUGCAAGUGGAGCCCUGGGGGGCCGGGUGAAACCCACAUCCGAACCAAAUACACCCUCAAGUACAAAUUGAGGUGGUAUGGGAGAGAGAAGGAGUGUGAAAAUUACGGCUCGGGGAAGCAGCGGUACUCCUGCUACAUUCCCCGCAACCUCGCCCUCUUCACCCCGUAUGAGAUUUGGGUGGAGGCAACCAAUCAGCUGGGCUCUGCCACCUCUGACAUCACCACCCUGGACAUCCUGGAUGUAGUGACCACAGACCCUCCUGCCAACGUGCAGGUGAGUCGCGUCGGCGACCUCGACGACCAGCUGACGGUCCGCUGGGCCAGCCCCCCCGAGCUCAAGGACAUCCUGUUUCAGGCCAAAUAUCAGAUCCGCUACAGACUGGAGGACAGCACUGAAUGGAAGGUGGUGGACGAUGUUGGUAACCAGACAUCAUGUCGGCUGGCAGGCCUUCAGCCUGGAACCGUCUAUUUUGUCCAGGUGAGGUGCAACCCAGUCGGCAUCUAUGGCUCGAGAAAGGCCGGUAUCUGGAGUGACUGGAGUCACCCAACUGCCGCCUCCACUCCCAGCAGUGAGCGUCUGCAGAGCGGCUCGUGUGAUCCUAAGCCCGGUGAGCAGAACUCCACCCUGCGGCGGGAACUCAAGCAGUUCUUCGGCUGGGUCCGCAAGCAUGCGUACGGCUGCAGCGGCAUGUCAAUCAAACUAUAUGAUCAAUGGCGGGUGUGGCUGCAGAAAUCGCACAGAACGCGCAACCAGGUAGAUUCUACAAGACGAUAAUUCAUAGCACCACUGCUCAGCACCACUGUGGUGUUUAAUUCAAGAACAGCAUCAAGGAACACUGACAGAUAACUGGCUCCGAGUGUCCCAGCUGUGCGAGAGGUCCAACGGCCCGGCCGAGGGACACUGCAGUGUUUGGUCAUCAGCCUUGAGUUUAAAGGGCCCGGCUGGAAGACAACUGAAGUGAGACAAUGCAGCCUUUUUCUGCCAUUUCCGCUCGCCAAAUCUGUCUUUGCACAAACUCUUACAUUUAGGCCCGCAGUAACUGCACUUUUAUCCUAUAUAUAUAAAUACUUAUAGUUCAUAUAUGUUUUAUUAACUUAAUGUAAUGUAAGAUAAGCAAGUCUUAAAUGCUACUUUGAAGUCAAAUUGUAAUAAAGCAUUACUCAAGAAAAAAUAUUAUGUAUUUCAGUGACGGUAACAUGAGGGGAAUAAGUACCAAGUAUGGGUAUCUAUGUUUGCAGGUCAAGAAAUGUUUUUUGUAAAACAGUAGUUAACAAACAGUAUUAUAGUUUUCCAAUUCUCCAAACAAAUCUGAAUGUGAAAUUUACAUUGUUAUGAGGGCUUUAGCCGUUAUGACAGUGUAUCAAUAUCUCCACGUGUCACUGUUGGUCAGUCUGUUAGCUAUCAGUUCAGUGAGAACUAAAUGGAUUUGUAAAGUCACAAAUGAGCUACUUGAAGCCAGUAAUCAAACAUUAAAAAAAAAUGUGUUUUGUACCAUUAGUGUAGUUAAAUUUAGAUAUUUCUAGACUGUAGAAUUAGUGAUCAGUUAUGAAUCCCCAAUAAACUAAGGCCCCACUAUCUGUAAAGUGUACAUACUGUUGUGUAUCUGAGCAGACGUUGUGAUACAAUAUAUUUUUAUAACUGUAUAUUUAAGGAAUGUGGAUUUUGUCUAAGUUAUAUACUUUACUUGUGGUAAUUAAGUCUGAAAAGUACUGUGUAUGAAAUCUGUAUAAACCAACAGUAAAGAACAGAAAAUAUCUGGGAAAGUGUUUUUAUCAUUAAAAAUAUAAUGUAUCUAUUAAACAAAGAUGUAUGAGCUUUUAAGUAUUAUUUAACUUCUUCAGUAUUUACAUAUUUCAUCAAUUUCAUUACAAGAAAGGCAUUUUUUCUUUUUUUUUUUGCUGAGGCAUGCAUU